AUGUUUGGUGACGUUUACCGCGGACUGGAAAGGUCUCGGGGCUGAGGCCUAGCGAUUUGUGUCCCCCUCACCAAGUCUGGACAAAUGUCCCUGUACGCGAACCCGUCCUGAGCGGGUGGUUUCCUUAUGAGGGAUUCUGUCGGAGACAAGCUGGGCUUUAGAUAUCCGUGUGGCCGUUUGCCGUCGGGUAAAUUAACUCGGAGCAAGUAUCUGGGGUGAGGAAGCCAGGGACGAUGACAUCUCGGAGGUGGUUCCACCCCAAUAUUACUGGUGUGGAGGCCGAGAACCUUCUGCUAACCCGUGGAGUGGAUGGAAGCUUUUUGGCCCGCCCAAGCAAAAGCAACCCUGGCGACUUUACUCUGUCUGUCAGGCGAAACGGGGCUGUCACCCACAUCAAGAUCCAGAACACCGGUGACUACUAUGACUUGUAUGGGGGGGAGAAAUUUGCCACACUGGCCGAGCUGGUGCAGUAUUACAUGGAGCACCAUGGGCAGCUGAAGGAGAAGAACGGAGAUGUAAUUGAGCUGAAGUACCCUCUCAACUGUGCCGACCCCACCUCUGAGAGGUGGUUCCACGGACACCUUUCGGGUCGGGAGGCGGAGAAGCUGCUGACUGAGAAAGGGAGGAACGGCAGUUUUCUGGUGAGGGAGAGCCAGAGUCACCCUGGGGAUUUUGUGCUGUCUGUCCGGACCGGCGACGACAAGACAGACAGCAGCGAUAGCAAGCCCAAAGUCACCCACGUCAUGAUCCGCUGUCAGCACGAUAUGAAGUAUGACGUUGGAGGUGGAGAAAAGUUUGACUCCCUGACAGACCUGGUGGAACACUACAAGAAAAACCCCAUGGUGGAAACCCUGGGCACUGUGCUGCAGCUCAAACAGCCUCUGAACACCACGCGCAUCAAUGCCGCUGAGAUCGAGAGCAGAGUGCGGGAGCUCAGCAAGCUUGCUGAAGCCACUGAUAAAGUGAAGCAGGGCUUCUGGGAAGAAUUUGAGACACUUCAGCAGCAGGAGUGCAAGUUGCUCUACAGCCGCAAGGAAGGUCAACGUGCCGAGAACAAGAACAAAAACAGAUACAAGAACAUCCUUCCCUUUGACCACACGCGAGUAGUUCUCAACGACGGCGACAUGAAUGAGCCGGGCUCUGACUACAUCAACGCCAACACCAUCAUGCCGGAGCUGGAAUCAAAGUGCAACAACACCAGGUUAAAGAAAAGUUACAUCGCCACCCAGGGGUGUCUGCAGAACACAAUAAGUGACUUCUGGAGAAUGGUGUUUCAGGAGAACUCCAGAGUCAUCGUUAUGACAACCAAGGAGGUCGAGAGGGGCAAGAGUAAGUGUGUGAAGUACUGGCCAGACGUGUCGGCACUAAAGGAGUACGGAGGCAUGCGCGUGCGCAACGUCAAGGAGACGUCUGCCCACGAUUACAUCCUCCGGGAGCUGAAGCUUUCUAAAGUUGGACAGGGCAACACGGAGCGCACCGUAUGGCAGUACCAUUUCCGUGCCUGGCCCGACCACGGUGUGCCCACGGACCCCGGCGGUGUGCUGGACUUCCUAGAGGAGGUGAAACUGAAGCAGGAGAGCAUUCUGGAAGCAGGACCUAUCGUGGUGCACUGCAGUGCUGGAAUCGGACGAACAGGAACGUUCAUUGUGAUAGACAUCUUAAUAGACAUCAUCAGAGAAAAAGGUGUGGACUGUGAUAUCGACGUGCCUAAGACCAUCCAGAUGGUGCGUUCCCAGCGCUCAGGAAUGGUGCAGACCGAGGCCCAGUACCGCUUCAUCUACAUGGCAGUUCAGCAUUACAUAGAGACCCUGCAGCGACGCAUCGAAGAAGAGCAGAAAAGCAAAAUCAAGGGGCGGGAGUACACCAACAUUAAGUACUCACUGUCUGACCUCAGUGGCGGGGACCAAAGUCCCCUGCCCCCCUGUAGCACUACGCCCACCUGUACUGAUGUGCGAGAGGACAGCUCCAGGGUGUAUGAGAACGUGGGUCUAAUGCAGCAGCAGAAAAGUCACAGAUGAGGCUCAGACUCCAGGACUGUCCAGUUCACAGGAACCAUAUGUUUUGUUUUUGCCAGCCGCACCUGAAUGCCUGAAAUGUGAUCAUUGCUACACGGAAAGAAAAAAUAAAAGAGUACAAUAAAAAAAAAAGCAGAGAGCCGUCUCUGAGGACACAGAACACGUGUGGAAGGAGUUGACUUCCACUUCUCCUCCCUCAAAGUAGCCUUUUAAUCCCCCAUGCUAAGAAACCACUGUGAACUAUCGUGAAGCCUUAUUCCUGAUCCGGAAAUGAGCGAGGCCUUCAGAACAGAAUGCUCCGCCGCGGAGUUCUCCGCACUCCCUUCAGGCUACAAAUAGAAAAGAAAAGGAAUGAAAUACACUUCAGCUGUCGUCUUCGCUUUCUUGUGUCUGUUUUUUUGUUGGGUUUUUUAUUUGUUUGGCUUUUUUCCCUUUUUGCUUCUAUUUGGCCACGUUCCCGUUUUUCUUUGUGAAGCGGUAAGAAUUCUUCGAGGAGAAAGGCCCGUGUCAAACGCCCAGCCUCAGCCAGUCCUCCAGGUCUAUGUUUGACCUGGGGAUCGGGCUUAAUGGAAUCAGUCAGAUUUUUCAGCAUUUUGUAACCAGUGAUUAAGUAUCUAGUAUUGAAUGAAGUAUUGGCUGUUUGCUCUAAGAUAAAGACACUUAAAGAUAAAGCCGACUCCCAGCCCAGCCUUCUUGUGCCCUGCCUGAUCAGUGUGUCUGAGUGCGUUGGUUAGCAGGGGUGUAUCUGCGUCAGCUCUCCUGUGUUAGUGUUCUUAUCUUCAAGCUCAUCCAGGGGGCGUGACCCAUAUUCAGCGGGAGGCUUGUUCAAAGUCAGCCCAGUCUCUCACAGGGUCACAUCUGGUCCCUUGUGGGUGGUGCCCUGCCUGAAGGAAUUCUGUGAUUGGACAGUUUAUUAGAGGAAGGCCUUUUUUUAAAGAUCACCCUGCCCCCAUUCUGGUUGUGUCAGACUUAGUGAUUCUUUACUGUACACACCGCAUACCACCUGCAGGCCUUGCUGUUACAGCUUGACUGCUAGGAUAUUUUUAUUGUUUGUUUGUUUGUCUUUUUUAACAAAACGCUGUUUGCCUUUUCUUAUCGCCUCUAUAUGUAUGUGAACUUAAUUUUUGAACUUAAGUGACUGCACAGUGAGAGGUUUAAAUGAACCAUUGUUAUUCAGCCUGGGGUCCUCUGUGAUGGAAAAUCCUUGACUUUUGAUGGCUCAGUUUAAAUGUAGUCCCUGCCUACGGUAUUUAACUUUGCAGGCAUGUCUGUCUCUAGAAUUCUUUUGGAUUUUUUUGUUCUUGGAGCACCUCCAGCUGCCUCCAUCCAGCCCCCUCCUUCAAGUGCAGGUUCAGACUUCCAGUUGCAUCUUGUCUUCACAUACUUCACUACACCCAAACGUUUUUUCCCUAUGUUAUUUCUUCUUGAUGUCAUUUUUAAAAAAUUCACACUAUUGUUAUUUAAUGUUUUUCGCGUGUACUUUAUAACAUUUAUUUCUAGCCUCAUCAUCUCAAGUGUGUAAAGAUUUUCCACCCACAGUUUACCCCAUACAUGUUUGAUAGGGCCCUUUCAAACGGGCCGUACUCCUGGCCUUAUGAAUGUAAUUAUUCCCCUUGAAUUAUAGUCGUCGCGUUUGAGAUUGGCCUUUACUCUUAGUACAUUCAUAUGGCCUUGGAGACAUGGCUUUCUGUGAUGUCUAAGGAACUGAGUAAGUGUUUUUUAAUUCUCUUUUGCAGUUCAGGAUUACCCAUUGGAGGGGUUGUAUCCAGUGUACUGUAGUUGGUCCGAUUAUUGUACUGUAGUGUGUGUGCGCGAAUGUGAGAGUGUUUGUCUUGUGUGUUUUUAUUUUUUUUAAUUUUUUUUAUUGUGUGUGUGUGUGUGUGUGUGCGCGCGCGCUGAUAUGUGGUUAGCUCCGUAAUGGUCCUGGUCCUCUUUAUUGCCAAACAGAGUUUGAUUUUGUCUGCAGCAUUAACGUUUCCACACAUCUUUGUGUACACACACAGAACCAUCCCCUCCACCAGAAUCACUACCAUUAUACCUGAGACUUAGAGACCCAAACAACUCAUGUGAACUUCGUCACCCUGAAGAGAAUACAUGGAAAGUGAUGAACUCAGUGCAAACAAACUAUAUUUUUGAACUUGUAUAUUGUACAUGAAUAUCUUGUAGAGGAGAAUGUACUUACUAAACAUAUCUAAUUGCCAAUAAAAUAUACCAUAUGUUUAACCCAGCAACGUUUCUCAUGGCAGAACGUAAGCCUUGCUGAACCUGAUGAUGGUUAAUGUGUUUGGCUACCAAUGCAGUUAACCACUUAGCAAGUUGAGGAUACAAUAAACAAGCAGCUCACAUC